AGUUCACACCAUGUUCCAUGAGUUAAAAGGUCGAUAGUAACAAACGCGAUACAGUCAAAAUACAGAGCAGUUUGUGUGUGGGUUGCUUUGCGUGUACCAGUUGAUUCGUAGAACCUCUAGGUUGUAACAGCUGAUGGUAGUCUUUUUUAGGACGAUAUUGAAUUUCAGCCUACAGUGUUAAUUCUGUGCAGCCAUAACUCGCUCAUCGAUAUCAGGACGUUUGGAGGCGGUGCAGCGAUGGUAGACUACUACUGUAACAUUUGUUAUUUCGUCCGAUGCUACAUUGUAACUCGCCAGAACAUUUAGAGUUACAUUGUAGCUAAAGUUUUCUAUCGUCUCUAAACUUCGUCUUGUGUUGUUCGUCGUGUCAAACAAUAGAGAUAUUUGUGAAGUAGGUUAAUGCCGAAGCGAGUCUCGGGGUGAACUCAAACUUCCUUUUCUCUGCUCAACCACGAAUACGGACGAUUAUCAUCAACCCAACAACAUGAGAAGUCGAAGCAACUCGGGAGUGAAACUGGACAACUAUGCCCGGAUAGUGCAUCAAACCAUACUCCGACAUCAAGACCCAGUCACAGGUCUCCUCCCAGCCAGUGGAGAUCAGCCUGAUGCCUGGGUGAGAGACAACGUGUACAGCAUCCUGUCUGUCUGGGCUCUCAGUCUGGCCUACAGGAAGAAUGCAGACAGAGAUGAAGACAAGGCUAAGGCCUACGAACUGGAACAGAGUGUGGUGAAACUAAUGAGAGGUGUUCUACAGUGCAUUAUGAGACAGCUGGACAAGGUGGAGAAGUUUAAGUACACUAAGAGCACCACGGACUGCCUCCAUGCUAAGUACAACACCAGGACCUGUGCUACCGUGGUGGGGGACGAUCAGUGGGGACACCUCCAAGUGGACGCUACCUCUCUGUUCCUGCUGUUCCUCGCUCAGAUGACUGCCUCAGGACUCCAUAUCGUCUACACUCAAGAUGAGGUGGAUGUGGUACAGAAUCUCAUGUUCUACAUCGAGGCAGCUUACAAAGUGGCUGACUACGGGAUGUGGGAGCGAGGAGACAAGACGAACCAGGGGAUCCCUGAGCUCAACGCUAGCUCCAUUGGCAUGGCUAAAGCAGCUCUGGAGGCCCUGGAUGAACUGAACCUGUUUGGAGCCGGAGGAGGACCAGGGUCUGUGGUGCACGCUCUGGCUGAUGAUAUACAGCACUGUCAGUCCAUCCUCAACUCCAUGCUUCCCAGGGCAUCUAUGUCUAAAGAGGUGGAUGCAGGUGUUCUGUCCAUCAUCUCGUACCCGGCCUUCGCUGUAGAGGACAUCUCUAUAGUCAACAUCACCAAGGAGAAGAUCAUAUCCAAACUACAGGGUCGAUAUGGAUGCUGUAGGUUUCUCAGGGAUGGACACAAAACGCCUAAAGAGGACCCUAACCGUCUAUACUAUGAGUCUGCUGAGCUGAAGCUCUUUGAGAACAUAGAGUGUGAAUGGCCCCUGUUCUGGACCUACCUCAUACUGGAUGGCGUCUUCACCAACAGCCCAGAACAGGUCCAGGAGUACAGGGAUGCUCUGGAGGGGAUUCUGAUCAAACAGAAGGACGGGAUCUGUCUACUACCAGAGCUCUACAGUGUUCCACCUGAUAGGGUGGAUGAGGAGUAUGUAAACCCCCACUCUGUGGAGAGGGUCCCUCUGGGGAAGCUCCCUCUAAAGUGGGGUCAGUCCCUCUACGUACUGGGAAGUCUACUGGCAGAGGGUUUCCUGGCCCCUGGAGAGAUAGAUCCUCUCAACCGACGUUUCUCCACCAUCCCCAAGCCAGACGUGGUGGUGCAGGUGUCUAUCCUGGCAGAGAACGAGGAGAUCCAGGAGUUGUUGAUGAAGAAUGGGAUAGAGGUGGAGACAGUAGCUGACAUACACCCCAUCCAUGUCCAACCUGCUAGAGUCCUCAGCCACAUUUACGCACGACUCGGACGUAACCAGAGACUGGGGCUGACUGGUAGACCCUACAGGAGGAUUGGAUGUCUAGGAACUUCUAAGUUCUAUGUCAUCCGCAACACCAUCUUUGCCUUCACGCCACAGUUCAUAGAUCACCAGCAGUUCUACUUGGCGUUGGACAACCAGAUGAUUGUUGACAUGCUUCGUACAGACCUGUCCUACCUCUCCUCUCGAUGGAGGAUGACUGGAAGACCCACUGUCACCUUUCCUAUCUCUCAGACCAUGCUCACUGAAGACCACUCUGACCUGGACCCAGCGGUUCUGGCCACUCUGAAGAAGCUACAGGAUGGAUACUAUGGAGGAGCAAGGAUCCAGACGGGGAAGCUCUCUGAGUUCCUGACCACUUCCUGUUUUGCCAAACUCAGCUUCCUGGAUGCCAGUAAGCAUGCGGGCGGCAUGGGCCGGGAACAAGAUGAUGAUGAUGACUAUGGAUGCUUUGCUGAGCAUGGCUUGACCUUCAAUGGUGAGGCUGAUGAUCUAGCCCAGUACCUGGACCAGUUGUUGACCACAGCGAACCCCAGCACAGGGUCAAAGGUCAGAGGUGACUCUGGAGGGCUGGACAGGUUCAAAGCAGCAGCCACGAAGACCAAGGAACUGGUGUCUCUGAUGCACAAGGCCAAGGAACUCCACCUACACAAUGCCCACUUGUAUCUCCCCACCAAGCUCUUCCGUUCCCCUCAGCCCUCCCUCCACCUCACCCUCACAGAUUCCUCUGCGCCUCACACCACUCAGUUUCCUCAGGUAGUAGUGACCUCAGAGUGUAAACUGCCUAGAGAUGCCAGUGGUGAUAUAGACUACAAUAGACUGGUCCAGCUCCUCAGAGACACCUACAGUCUACCAGACCAGGCGGACAUACUGUACAUCCUCUUCAAAGACAAGGGUAUGGAGUGGGACACCAGGCUACAUGGUAAAGGCUCUACAGUCCGCUCCUUGCUGACAGACCUGUAUGUGAAGGCAGGAGACCUCAAACACUGGGGACUCAUACGCAUGAUCUCUGGAAUACUGAGGAAGAAAGUAGAGGAACUCGACUGGGCUUGCUCUGAUUUGUUGGCCCACCAGAAGCACCUGACUGUGGGUCUGCCUCCAGAACCUCGGGAGAAGACCAUCACAGCACCCAUCCCUCCAGACAAGCUGGCCAUGCUGAUAGAUGAAGCUAGUGAGAACAACAUCACUAUAGCCAUCCUUACACAGGAGAUCAUGGUGUACCUGGCGAUGAACAUGCGUACCCAGCCCAGCCUGUUCAGUGAGAUGUACAGGCUGCGUAUCGGACUCAUCAUCCAGGUGAUGGCCACUGAACUGGCACAGUCUCUCAACUGCUCAGGAGAGGAGGCUACAGAGAGUCUGAUGAGUCUGAGUCCGUCAGAAUUAAAGAUCCUGCUGCAUCACAUCCUCAGUGGGAAGGAGUUUGGAGUGCAGAGGAGCGUGCGUUCCGUAGACGCAGGUGCCAGUCCUGCCAUCUCUAUCCACGAGGUGGGUAAUGUGGGCGCCACCAAGAGCGAGAGGGCGGGCAUCAGCAAGCUGAAGAGUGACAUGAGGAUGAGCCUAACACCACAUUCACUGGACAUGGGACAUAUUGAAUCUGGGAGGUACAGGCUCCCCUCCAUAGAGUCUCUGGACGUUCCAGUGAGCACGUCCAUCGUCAAGGAUACGAGGCACGGCCAAUGGCUGCGUAGGAGACGUCUAGACGGAGCACUCAACAGAGUCCCCAUAGGCUUCUAUCAGAAGGUCUGGAAGAUUCUGCAGAAGUGUCAUGGUCUGUCCAUAGAGGGAUUCGUUCUACCAUCUUCAACGACAAGGGAGAUGACUUUAGAUGAGAUCAAGUUUGCGGUGCACGUGGAGACGGUGCUGAACCGGGUGCCCCAGCCGGAGUACCGCCAGUUACUGGUGGAGGCCAUCUUAGUUCUCACCAUGCUGGCAGACGUGGAUAUAGACAGCGUGGGCAGCAUCAUCCAUGUAGAGAAGAUCGUCCACAUCGCCAACGACAUGUUUUACCACGACCAGAAGGACUUGGGAGCAGAGGAGCAGAUCUUAGAGAGAGACCCCUCCACAGGAGUGUGUCGCUUGCUGUAUGACAGCGCCCCUAGUGGACGAUUUGGCAGUAUGACAUACCUCACCAGGGCUGUGGCUGUCUAUGUCCAGGACUUUCUGCCCAGCGGCUCCUGUGCCCUGCAGUAGACACACACGUGCUGGCUGUGUCAGAAUACCCGUACCUGCGUUCUAAAGGGGAGGCUUUUUGGGGUAUGUUGAAAGUAGAACGUUUUAAUAU